CCUUCGGACUAUCCGUCAAUAUUUCCAUUUCGCUAUCUUCAGUUCCACUUUCAUCCUCGUUUGCCAAUUGCUCCUAAUGAACUGCCAAUAACACCUAUCUACCUCAUAUAACCUCUCGUAUACGGAGUACUUCUCACGUAUUCCAUCAUCACAAUGCGAACCCGCUCCAGCGCUCCAUCGGAGCAACCCCAAUCUCCUCCAUCCACCUCCGAUGACCAAACAACAGCAGCAUCUACAUCAGCUCUCCCAGCGCAAUCCACCCCCCAGAAAACCUUCAUCCUCCCCUCCACCGCGGGCGCCGACGCCCGCUUCCUCACCCUUCCCAACCCACGAACCGCCUCGCCAACCCGCUACUUCUUCGACCCCAAACUAGGCGUAUACGAAUUCACCGUCCUCUCAUCCCCUCCCACCGCACCGCGAAGCACCCUCCUCGUUCGCAAUCCCAAUCCCACCUCAUCAUCCACAUCCCAACCGCCAGCGCACAUCUCCAAGAAAGCCGAACUCCUCCUUGCCACCCCCAUUGACAUCCUCUUCUUUCUCAUUCCCAUCCUCACCGCAAACACCAAACAAAACAACCUCUUCCAACCCCUAGACGACAUCAUCGACUCGCUGGACGAGGAGCUCCUCUCACCUCACCUCCGCCAUGUACUCUACGACGAAACCUUUCGCGGGACACUGCACGCCCGCGCCGCUGCGAUAAGCGACUCCGUUGAAGCGGGCGACGAGAAGAUGUUCCGGUUUAACGAGACGAAACUCCUCCAGGAACUUGUCGCCAAGGCGGAUAGAAUGGUUAGCGUGGGGCUGCCUCCGAGUCUUGAGGAGAGAUUUGUUAGACAGGCGCUGGCGACGCCGCUGAUGGCGGUGAAAAGAGAUGAUGUGGUGGCUACGGGGGAGAAUAAGGAGAAUGAGGGCGAAGAUGGCGAAGAUGGCAAAGAGGAGGGGGAGAAGGCCACCGCGAAUAAUGAAGAUGCAAAGGAGCACCUCCCCGAAGGCUUGAAAGCUCCUGACGGCGUAGCAAACCUCCUCCGGAUAUCCACAGCGCUGGCAUUCAUGAAAGAGUGCUAUUUAUCCAAAGAGAUGAGUGCGCGGAUAGAUGAGUUGCUAGCUGCGCCGGAGAGUCCGAAGGAUUUUACGCCGAUGCGGGAUCAUUUGGACCUUGUGGCGAAGCUGAGGGCGGAGGCACUGGCGACGAGAUCGCUGGGGGAUUUCUCGCGGAAGAGAAGUGUUGAAGAUCAGGAGGCUGCGGAGUCGAGGGCGGAGAAGAAGCGGAGGAUGGAGGAAGAAGAGAAGAAGAAGAAGGCGAAUGAGUCGAGGGGGGUCCGGGAUCUCAAAAAGGUUAAUACGACGGGAAUGAAGAAGAUGAGCGAUUUCUUUGGAAAGGCGGCUGCGAAGAAGAAGACUUGAGAGUUGAUGGGUUUUGGAUAUUGUUGUGAUCACAUCUCGGAAUCUUAGAGACGCCUUGGGUCUAUGCGGGGUCUGUAUUCCAGCGGGAUGGAUAGAAUCCCCGGGUGUUCCGUUACUCUACUCGUGACUUGGGCGCGGUAACCCUGGCCUCCUGGCUGCGAUGCAUCGAGCGACU